CCUUCGGGCGGGCAGAGGAGGCGGAAGUAGGGUCCUCCGCGGCCGGGGCUGGCAGUCCGGGCGGCCCCCGGGACGCAGCAACAGCGGCCUACGGGGGCCGGGAAGUAGGCUUCCGGGCUGCCUGGGCUCAGAGCGCGGUGCAGGGCCUCUCCCGGCGUCGUGCCGAGCGGAGUCUUGCGGCCGGGUGGAGUCGGCGGCCCAGCGGACGAGAGCGAGGACUGUUGCUAAUCACGUUACUAUGAGUCUGCUAAACUGUGAAAACAGCUGUGGAUCCAGCCAGUCUGAAGGUGACUGCUGUGCAGCCAUGGCCAGCUCCUGUAGCACUGCAGCAAAAGACGACAGUGUGAGUGGAACUGCCAGCACAGGGAACCUCUCCAGCUCUUUUGUAGAAGAGAUCCAGGGGUAUGAUGUGGAGUUUGACCCACCCCUGGAAAGCAAGUAUGAAUGCCCCAUCUGCUUGAUGGCGUUACGGGAAGCAGUGCAAACACCCUGUGGCCACAGGUUCUGCAAAGCCUGUAUCAUCAAAUCAAUAAGGGAUGCAGGUCACAAAUGUCCAGUUGACAAUGAAAUACUGCUGGAAAAUCAACUAUUUCCUGACAACUUUGCAAAACGAGAGAUUCUUUCUCUGAUGGUGAAGUGUCCAAAUGAAGGUUGUUUGCACAAGAUGGAGCUGAGGCAUCUUGAGGAUCACCAAGCACAUUGUGAGUUUGCUCUCAUGAAUUGUCUCCAAUGUCAGCAUCUCUUCCAAAAAUGCCAACUUAAUAUUCACAUUCUCAAGGAGUGUCCAAGGAGACAGGUUUCUUGUAUAAACUGUGCUGCAUCCAUGGCAUUUGAAGAAAAAGAGAUCCAUGACCAGACCUGUCCUUUGGCAAAUGUCAUCUGUGAAUACUGUGAUACCAUGCUCAUCAGAGAACAGAUGCCUAAUCAUUAUGAUCUAGACUGUCCUACCGCCCCAAUUCCAUGCACAUUCAGUACUUUUGGUUGCCAUGAAAAGAUGCAGAGGAAUCACUUGGCACGCCAUCUACAAGAGAAUACUCAGUCACACAUGAGAAUGUUGGCCCAGGCUGUGCAGAGCUUAAGCCUUGCUUUAGCUCCCAUGCCUCCCAUACGUGAUAUGUUUCCAUAUGAUUCUGCCUCUGUGUCCCGGGCUUCCUCUGGAUGUCACCCAGAGGUCGAGAAUUUCCAUGAAAUCAUUCAACAGUUAGAGGGUCGCCUUGUAAGACAAGACCAUCAAAUCCGAGAGCUGACUGCUAAAAUGGAAACACAGAGCAUGUAUGUAAAUGAGCUCAAACGAACUAUUCGAACCCUUGAAGACAAAGUUGCCGAAAUGGAAGCACAGCAGUGCAAUGGGAUUUACAUCUGGAAGAUUGGUAACUUUGGGAUGCACUUGAAAUCUCAAGAAGAGGAGAAACCUGUUGUCAUUCAUAGCCCUGGAUUCUACACAGGCAAACCCGGGUACAAACUGUGCAUGCGCCUGCACCUUCAGCUUCCAAAUGCCCAGCGCUGUGCAAACUACAUAUCCCUGUUUGUCCACACAAUGCAAGGAGAGUAUGACAGCCACCUCCCUUGGCCCUUCCAGGGUACAAUACGCCUUACAAUUCUUGAUCAGUCUGAAGCACCUAUAAGGCAAAACCAUGAAGAGAUAAUGGAUGCCAAACCAGAGCUGCUUGCCUUCCAGAGACCCACAAUCCCACGGAACCCAAAAGGUUUUGGCUAUGUGACUUUUAUGCACCUAGAAGCCCUAAGACAAAGAACCUUCAUUAAGGAUGAUACUUUGUUAGUACGCUGUGAGGUCUCCACCCGCUUCGACAUGGGUAGUCUUCGGAGGGAGGGUUUCCAGCCACGGAGUACUGAUGCAGGGGUAUAGCAUCCUUGUGUUUGUUCAAAACAAAACCAAAAAUACCCCAUCUGGAGAAAACAGUGUCUUUCCGUGCCCUGUUCUCAAUAAUAUGCAAGCAAGAAAAGCAGUGGGAAAGAUGUACCCACCGGUGAAUGUUGUUAGAUCACUUACCACUUCUUCCUGCUACACAUACCUGAAGCAGUUUUUUCUUGGGAAUCUACAUGUUCCAUGCUUUUUCAGAAACUGAAGUGCCUGUGGCCAAUUGCACCAGCUAUUGUGUCAGUUAGUAUACCUCUUUGUUGUACUUUCUGGGCUUUCACACCAGUGUGUUUUACUGGUCAAAAAGCCCAGGAUUGGAGUGAAAAAGCUCAAACCUUUUAGUAAUGACAUUCCUUAAAACUUUAGCUUAUUUUUGUAGUAUUAUGUGUAAUAUAUUAAACUUGAGAAUCACUACCGCCUUGUGCUGGUGCCAGCAAGGAGUUAAUUACUUUAGAGUUCUCAUUUUUUUUGACCUCCUAUAGGUUUCAGAUGAUUUGAACCUUACUACUUGGAAAGCUUAAGUUCUCAUUCACCCCAUUCCCCCCAUCCCCUGAGAUGUAACUGAAGAUAUUCAGAAACUAGUUUAAGCCCUAAAUAUAACCUCAUUCAGUGAACAU